AUGCACCGGCAGUCGCUGGGUUCGCCGUCGUCGAAGCUCGCGAAGGCCGACGAGCAGCUGAGCUGCGAAGCUCAGAAACAAUUUCCCUCUCAAUCGCCAUCAUCCUCUGCAGAAGCUCGAGACGAAGAUGCGAAGAAGAUGAUGAAAAUUAGGGCUCCCAAUUUUGACAAUAAGCCCCAAACCUACAUUCACCUGAUCCCAAUGCUCACGCUCCUCUGCUUUCUCGUUCUCUACCUCGUAUCUCACGAUCCUUCUCAAAAUGAAUUGCGAGUGGUGAAGGAGGUGGAGAAAGGGGAUACGGUGGCGAUACGGAGCUUGAAGAACUUAGAGACGGAGGCCGGCACGGCCAGGCACCGGCUGCUCCACCGCAAAAUCGCCCAUUUUUAG